AUAUUGUUUCCAAGUGUUAUAUCUGCAAAUUGGAAAACCCGUUGCUCUUAUCUGGCCUCAAACGAUAUCCAUAAGCCAAACAUGAAUAAUUAGAACUAACCCCAAUAAACUAUAAUUUGCUGGAAUUUCCGUACCUGGCACGAAAUCUCCACAAGGGUCACUGUCAACAAGUGUGUUAAUUAUCUAAAUUUAAUAUUAAUUUCUUCAUCCCAUUUCCAUUUCAAAAACAACAUUUCAUUUAUAAGCCGAUUCGAUUUGCUGAAUCCUAUAGUUAUUCAGUAACUAGUAGAUACCUCAGUACCAACAAUUGAAGUAGUCAACGAUGAUCCCUCUGGCAAGUUUGGUCCUAACAUUUGCCAUAUUUUGGCACCCCGCAGUUGAAGCUAGAGUGCUUCGUAAUGCGAUUUCUGAGCUUCCACCGAUUGCUGAACAUGCUAAAACAGCGAGAUACAUCAUUCAUAAUGCAGACUGGGUUGCAGUCGGGACUCUUUCUGUACGAGAAGAUAUGAAGGGAGAUCCCUUUGUUUCAUUGAAAUCAAUCAGUGAUGGACCAGCCUCCAACUCCUCUGGAAUCCCUUAUUUAUAUAUGACCGACAUGGAUAUUACCGCAAUUGAUAUUCUAGCGAACAACAAAGUAACUAUAUUGGCUUCGUUGGCUCAGUCAAACUACUGCCAGGAAAAAUCGUAUGAUCCUCAGGACCCUCGAUGCGCUAAAGUGAUGUUAUCAGGAACUGUUGAAAAGGUGAACAAAUCAACAGAGGAACAUGAGUUUGCAAAGAAGGCACUCUUUGAACGUCACCCACCCAUGAAAUACUGGCCAGCUAAUCAUGGAUUUUAUGUCGCUAAAGUUAAACCAACUCAAAUCCUGCUCUUGAAUAACUUUGGAGGACUCGUAACCGUAAACGUCCAAGACUACUUGAGUGCCAGCUUAUAGGACAAUAUCGCAUAGCGUGUAAAAACUAUCAUACAUACCGAGCAUAAAAUGAAAUCAAAAUUGAACUUUUUAAUUCAAAAUACAGAUUGAUCAACUACUUA